CCUCCUUUCAAGCUAACUCAUACACACAAAUUCGCUCUUUGAUUUCACUCUCUAACUUUUUCUAGCUACCAUGGAAGUUCAUCAUGCUAAUUUAGAAGUAGUGAAUCUCGCAAGAACAGCAGCAGAAACCAUAAACAAGUUAGCCAACUGGGGUGAAUACUCUAAGCACCAUGGCUUGGGGCCUAAGGAAGGGGACGAACUCAUGAACGUCCUAGCUAAAAUCAACGGUCAGCUCGCGAAGGUAGCUAUGGAAAGAGCGGAAGCAAGUGGCCGAGACUUCGAGGCUGUGUUCGAGGAAACAAACCUCGAGUUCUUCUACAACGAGGCAAAGAUCAUGGCGACUGAUAUGCUGGUAGACCCCCGCGAACAGGCGAUGAAGCCAGUGGUUGUGUCCGAAGAAGAGAGGGGAGAAGUUUGCGGAGUUUGUCAGGAAGAAUUUGAGGUUGCGGAAGAAGUUCGUGCAACUGCAUGCAUGCAUAAGUUUCAUGGGUUAUGCUUGUGGAAGUGGUUAUAUGAUCAUAAGACUUGCCCUUUGUGUCGAGUUCCACUAUUGAUGUGAAGUUUAUUUGCUGUAAUUAUGAUGUUUUCUCAUCAAAUUUGUUAGUAGAUUAAGAGCUAAACUUUGUAUGUAAACAUUUUUUUAUUAGGGUUGAUUGUUAUUCUUUGUAAUCGAAAUCAUCUUCUUGAUCCAUUUAAUAAGAAACAAAGUUUGCGAUUUUGUAUUAUUA